ACUUGUGGUCGUACACGCAUCCCUGUUUUAGGAAAACUUGGGACUUUUGAAACUUGUUCUCUCAAACGAAUUCCUCUUAGAAACUUCUCAGAAACACCAGCUUAUUUUGCUUCAAAGGAUGGUGCAAGCAAGGAUGGUUCUGGAGAGGGAAGCAAGUCUGUCGGUGAGGGGGGUGGUAAAAAGUCAAGCUCUGGAAGCUCUGGGAAAGGAGGGAACCAGCUGCGCUGCCCGAAGUGCGGUGACUUGUGCACACACGUGGAGACCUUUGUGUCUUCCACCCGUUUUGUGAAGUGUGAAAAGUGUCACCAUUUCUUUGUUGUGCUGUCAGAGGCAGACACAAAAAAGAGCAUCAUUAAAGAGCCCGAGUCAGCAGCAGAAGCUGUGAAAUUGGCAUUCCAGCAGAAGCCACCGCCUCCACCGAAAAAGAUUUAUAACUACCUCGACAAAUACGUUGUUGGUCAGUGUUUUGCCAAGAAGGUGCUUUCAGUUGCUGUGUACAAUCAUUACAAGAGAAUCUACAAUAAUAUCCCAGCCAACCUGAGACAGCAAGCAGAAGUUGAGAAGCAGACUUCUUUAACACCCAGAGAAUUAGAAAUCAGAAGACGGGAGGAUGAGUACAGAUUUACAAAACUACUACAGAUUGCUGGAAUCAGUCCACAUGGAAAUGCUUUGGGAGCAUCGAUGCAGCAACAAAUGAACCAGCAGAUACCUCAGGAAAAACGGGGAGGAGAAGUUCUAGAUUCACCCAAUGAUGACAUAAAACUUGAAAAAAGUAAUAUUUUGCUGCUUGGACCAACUGGAUCAGGUAAAACUUUGCUGGCUCAGACUCUAGCUAAAUGCCUAGAUGUACCUUUUGCUAUCUGUGAUUGCACCACCUUGACUCAGGCUGGCUAUGUUGGUGAAGACAUUGAAUCUGUCAUUGCAAAACUCCUGCAAGAUGCCAACUACAAUGUGGAAAAAGCUCAGCAAGGAAUUGUUUUUCUGGAUGAAGUAGAUAAGAUUGGCAGUGUUCCUGGUAUUCACCAGUUACGGGAUGUUGGAGGAGAAGGGGUUCAACAAGGCUUGUUAAAAUUACUAGAAGGCACAAUAGUAAAUGUUCCAGAAAAGAAUUCUCGUAAACUACGUGGAGAAACGGUGCAGGUUGACACAACCAACAUCCUUUUUGUAGCUUCUGGUGCUUUUAAUGGUCUUGACAGAAUUAUCAGCAGGAGGAAAAAUGAAAAAUAUCUAGGCUUUGGGACACCAGCUAACAUGGGGAAAGGCAGAAGGGCUGCAGCAGCAGCUGAUCUUGCAAAUAUAAGUGGAGAGUCAGAUCCUCAUGAGGACAUUGAAGAAAAGGAUCGUUUGCUGCGCCACGUGGAAGCCAGGGAUCUGAUUGAGUUUGGCAUGAUCCCUGAGUUUGUGGGACGUUUGCCUGUGGUGGUUCCUCUGCACAGCCUAGAUGAGAAAACCCUCGUACGGAUUCUUACAGAGCCGCGAAAUGCUGUGGUCCCUCAAUACCAGGCACUGUUCAGCAUGGAUAAGUGUGAAUUAAAUGUAACUGAAGAUGCAUUGAAGGCUAUAGCCAGACUGGCCUUGGACAGAAAAACUGGUGCAAGAGGUCUUCGGUCUAUCAUGGAAAAGCUGUUGCUGGAGCCCAUGUUUGAAGUGCCCAAUUCUGACAUUGUAUGCGUGGAAGUUGACAAAGAUGUUGUAGAAGGCAAAAAAGAGCCAGGAUACAUUAGGGCUCCCACUAAAGAUUCAUCUGAAGAAGAAUAUGACUCUGGAGUUGAGGAGGAAGGCUGGCCUCGACAAGCAGAUGCUGCAAACCAUUAAAUACUGUCAGAAUGGUCGCCCAAGCACACUUGGUUAUUCCCUUUCCGAUUGCCUCUGGCUUCAGUCUUAUCCUUAAAGGCAUUGGAUCUAUCUCGGAUAGGCUACGUGAUGAGGAACUUUAUUAGCUAAAUCAGAUUGUGUAUUUUAUUGCAACAUCCCAUUGAUUCAUUGGAUGGACAUUGUGGGGACUUGGAUGGCAUAAUGUUCAAAUAUGAAUUGUAUAUGACACUUGUUCAAUUAAAAUGUAUAGCAAAUAGAGCAGCACCUGAGUUGCUCUUUCUAGGAGCUAAACCAGCAAUGCAGGUGCUGCCAAUAGUUAGAUUUUACAAUAAUGUUACUCUACAAAUGGGAAAUCAAGAUUAAUAAUUAGUAGAGGGUGAGUAAACUACCAGCUCCUCAUACGACCCACAGGGGGCUGCGUUCAGGUCAGUGUUAGGUUUCUGCUGGUGUUUGAAACUCGAUGGGUGCUGGAGUGAUUGUUACAUUUUGGGGAAG